AUGCACGUGCAAGAAGGUGCUACCGAUGCGGCUACGCAUAAUGCUCUGGCCAAGAUCUACAUUGACGCCAAUAACAAUCCAGAACGUUUCUUGAAGGAGAAUCCAUAUUACGACUCAAGAGUUGUGGGCAAAUACUGUGAGAAACGUGAUCCACAUUUUGCAUUCCUGGCUUAUGAACGUGGCCAGUGCGACGCGGAACUUGUGAAUGUAAGUGCUGCAUUAUGUAAUAGCUCAGUUUGCAUUUUUCGAUUGGUUCAAGAGUUUUUUUUGGUUCAUUAA